UGUGAUAAAUAACUGACUAUUUUUGCUCAAAGUUUAUAAGAGCAUGUAGUGCUUUGACAGCAGGAAGAUCAAAUACUAUCCCCAGCCCGACCCUCCCCAGGCAGCACACAAUCACAGGCCCUGAAUCAUUCUAAAAGUUGGGACUCAGAUGUUACAAAUGACCUAGGGGCUUCAAUGGUGCUUCUGAAUGGUAAAUUAAUCAAUUAGUCUGUGUGUUCAAGAUAUAACAUUUGUCAUGAUAAAGACCUUGAUAUUGUUGAUGGAAAUAAAUGCAAAUGUUAAAUGAAAUCUGUAAUUGGUUAAUGAGCUUAAAUUAUCUUGUACAAAUUAUUGUGUUUGAUAACUUAAUUAUAUGAUGGUGCACGCCUUUCUUAAUGUUAUAAUGCAGGGUGAAAACCUGUCUCUGUCAUUGAUGAUAUAUACAAGGAUAUCUCAUUGUUUAUUGAAUUGUAGAAGCAGAAUAUUUUAUGAUUUUUGAAGGAUAAUUUUUGAUUAGAAAUAUGACAUACUAUUGUCUGACAAUGUUUUUAAAAUCAGAGCACAAAAGUUCUACAAAGAAAGUAAAUGUCAACUACCAAGAUGGCGAUGGAAUGUCAGGGCUACAUCAAGCAGCUCUUAUGGGUCAUACAGAGAUUAUGGAACUUUUGUUGGAAAAUGGGGCAACAGUCAGUUUGAAAGACAAUAAAGGAAUGAUCGCCUUACACUAUGCUGCAUGGCAGGGUAAAUCUGAACCUGUACAUAUUUUACUAGACUGGAAGUCACCAAGUAAUGAGCAGGCUCUUGGAGGAGAGACCCCUCUACAUUUAGCUUGUCAGCAUGGUCAUUUUGAUGUGGUAAAUUUACUGUUGUUACAUCAUGCCAGCCCUAUCUUAUUAAACAAAGAAAAGAAAUCACCACUUGAUCUUGCCUGUGAAUUUGGUAGAUAUAGGGUAGUAGAUUUGUUGUUAAGGAGUAACCUGUGUUCACCACUACUUACAAGUAACCUCAAUGAUAUGACAGACGGUAAAUCAACAUGUCUACAUCUGGCAGCCAAAAAUGGUCAUAGUGAUAUUAUCAGAUUGCUGUUACAAGGUGGUAUAAACAUAAACAGAACUACACUUCAGGGGACAUGUCUUCAUGAAGCAGCCUUAUUUGGAAAAACAGAUGUUGUCAAACUUCUUCUAGAUUGUGGUGUUGAUGUCAAUAAAGUGAAUUCAUAUGACCAAACUGCCUUAGAUAUAGUGAACAAAUUUACAACUAAUCGUGCUGCCAAAGAAAUUAAACAGAUUUUAAAAGGUAAGAAUACAAAAUGCUCUUGUUCAAGGUGACAGUAAGACAGAUAA